UUUACGACAUCCAAGACAAAACUUGGCACUACCUAUAUCCCGAUGUCGAAGAUUUUCAUGACUAUGAUCCUCUUGAUGCUGCUUUUGUCAAAGGACAAGACGGUGAGCCCACGGAUAUUGUCUUUUAUGACCCUGACCGCCCUCUCAUGUUUUUUAAUUUCCAUUAAAAAACGUUGAGGUUUGCCCCUGAUCCCUCCUUUGCUGGCUGGUGGUCUCAUCCUCCUACUAUAGGUGACCGUGGUCCACUACUCCAUGCUAUCAAUCUUCUAGAAAAGGUAUUCCAUAACAAUACAUUCUAUUGGUUCGCCCGUGACCUGCGCUUGUAUGGAUAUGAUAUUGUUUCUCAAACCUGGUCCGUAUCACCAUGUCUUAAAGAUCAAUUUCCCACUCUCCAAUCUCUGCCUAAUUCCCCCAUUUUGGUUGGCCUGGGAAAUGGAAAAUUUGUGGUGAUUCUUGAUGAACCUAUACAUCCUCGUUCAAGUUUCACAAUGGCCUCCCUCGCCGUGCAAAAACAACAGGGCAACUGCAUCUUAAGUGUAUCCGUGGAGUCACUUCAGGCCUUCUCCCUUGAUAAUUAUCCUCUUCCCUUCUUUGAUGUCAAGGCAAUAAAAUUGAAGAAUACUGGGUUAGGUACUGUGCGCGGACAGCGUCAAGCUAUGUGUCAGUUGGACAACAAUAUUCGCGAUGUUUCUCCUAUCAGAAAGACCGAGAAGCUUGACUCAAGAACCAAAGCUCUCAUCUCAACAUUUGCAGUUGGUGGCCCGGGAAUCCUCUUGGUUAAGAGCCUGCAACACCGAAACUGAUUCUUCAUCCAAACAUUUUCUCACUGUAGAGAUGUUUCUCUUUGUAUGCACGUGCAUAUUAUUUUCAUAUGAUUACCGGUUUGUAUGCUUAUUUAUGGUAAAACAGAAAAGUGCUAGUAUUGCCUUAGUUUUUGCCCCAGAACGAUUGUACGCAAAUUGACUUGGCGCUAUCAGUUCUUAUUGCGUAUUGUACUCCCUUUUGGCCUUUGCCUAGCUAACUGUUAUUCCCGGAGCAUCUUUCAUCUGGUAAUAGUCAAGGUGCGCCUAAGCUGUCCUAGACAAUCGUUAUAAAAUAAAUUGAUUGUGCUGCUUGUA